UAAGUAUGGUAAAAAACGGUUUAACAUAGUGUCGCUCACCUUCUUCCUUAAUGCAUCGUAAACAACGAUUAUUUUUGAGAUACUUGUUUUAGAUGAGCUUUAUAGAAAAAGACCAACGUUUAUUUUUAGUUUUUAGAAGCUGGGUUGUGGAAGUUGAUCUGUGGUCGACCACUACAGUCUGUCCACGCUCUGCGCUCUGCUGGUCGUCUGAGGCGCGGUACAGAAUGAGCUAGCUUCUGUUGUUGUUAUGGUGUCGUUUAGUGAAUGAGUAUCCGUCUAAUUAGCCAGAAAUCGAAAAAAACAUUGUUCAUAUGUAUAGACUAUCUCUAAAAUAUCAGCAUUUAAUCAAAGCGAAGAUGAAUACGAUUUUUCUUUAGUUAUAGCGGAACACAUGUCCAUGUAGCGGUAACUUUGAAUCUCUUUUCCCCAUUGGUGGACCAAGCAGUGGGUCUACGUCCACCUUCCAACAUGAGUGAAAGAAACAAACCCAGAAACCGUUUAUCCCUGUCUAAGGGUAAGAAGAAAGGAAACCAAAGUGAUAAAUCAUCCACCAGUGUAACGACUCCAAUCACCUCGUUCUUUAAGAACACGCCCCCACCGGACGUGGCCUGUCCUCUGUGCGGCCAGCUGGUACCCAGGUUCAGCAUCAACCAUCACAUCGACUUGCAGUGCAAGAACUUCCAGAGAGCAGACGAUGCUGCCCCAGCAGGUAAUGAUUCCCUUGUACCUCGUAAAGAACUGUCCCCCAAAGUAAAUGGCGUUAAAUCACCUGCCCGAGACUUAUCCUCUCAGUCUGAAGAGAACAAGGAGACCAAAACAAGUCCUUAUUUUAAAAAGCACCGCACUAGACAGAUGACGCGAGAGAAAAGCAAUUCGUCAGUGGUGAGACAGAUCGACCUUGGUGCUCUCUCCUCCAAGAUGUGUAGAAUACGUGAACAUGGGGAGAGCAGAAAGAUACCAGAUACAGAUGGAUGUAACUCGGAGCUGAGUGGUUCACAGAAAGAAAAUCUGUGUGAUGGUCUCGAUGACAGCGAAGUCUGCUCAAAAACCACUGAUCUGACAUCACGGGUUAGCCAUAGUGAGAUGAACUGUAUCUCAAUAACAAGCCCACAGUGUCUAGCAAAUGAACACAUAAUGGCAGUAAAAAAGUCUGCAGAAGUGACCAUCAAUCCAGUAUUUUCUCCGGGGCCCUCUUCUUCCUCUAAGAGAAAAGCAGAACUUCCCGGGACGUCCAUGGAUAAAAUGCCAGUUUCUAGCAAAAAACCUAAACGCGAGGGGAUAAGUAUCGAAUCAAACAUGCUGAUCUCCAGCCAAGAGCAAACAGAGAUCUCUGACACCAGCAACAAACAAAAGGAGCCGUAUACAGCUUCUGGCUUACGGAAUAAACAACAGAAAGUCCACGAGAAAGUGGAUAAAAGCUUGGAUGGAGCUGAAACGUCUGAACAUAGCGCUUUCGAACCCAGCAAGGACUCUGAAAGUAAUAGCUCCAGAUUACCGUACUACCUCCGUAACUUCCGGACCGUUCUAAAGGCGGUGCUGGAGAACGAGGACGACAGAAAGCUCUUUAACCAGGAGGACCUGUCGUCGAUACAGGCCUUUGAAAAACUCUCAGUCAUGGGACAGAAGCUGUACGUGAGAUUGUUUCAAAGGAAACUGAAAUGGCUCCAAGUUAAUCGGCUGGAUUAUGAAGAAAUAUCCAAGGAUCUGGGACCCGUCGCUCAAGAGCUGGUGGAUUGUGGCUUCUUAGAGAAAGAGAGUGACCUGCAGGAUCUGGGUGAGGCUCUUGACCUCCUCCUGGCCCCAGAUCUCAAAAGUAUUGCAAAGACCUUCCACCUGAGCAGCUCGGUGACUCAGAAGCAGCAGCUGGUGGAAGGACUUCGGCGUCUGAGCCGUCAGAAGUCCCUCUUCAGCCUGGCCGCCGGUCAAAACAACAUCGGAGCCGUCAUUCUUAAGAGGGCGAAGCAGCUGGCAGGCUCCUGUGUGCGUCUGCGUCGAGGUCCCCGGGCUGUGUUCUCCAGAGUGCUGCUGCUGUUCUCUCUGACGGACGGCGUGGAGGAGGAGGAGAUGGGCUCCGGGGGCCAGGGCCAGCUGUACACCAUCCUACUGGUCAACUCCGGCCGCAUGGCCUUCCCUGACUACACCAUGCAGCGCAGCGCCAGCCUCUUCCAGGACAGGGAUGACCUUAUAAGGUAUGAGGCCGCCAUGCGGGCCCUACAGGAGGUGAUCACGGCAAUGCAGGGGGGCCAGUGGGAGGAGGCCUCUGACCUUUACAAAGCAGCCAAGAACACCUGGCAGGAACUGGGAAACACCCUCGACCUCAGUCACCAGGAGCAGCUGCCUGUGUUCUUGCGGUGCUUCACCACCGGCUGGGCCUACACUCGCAUCCUCUCCCGAGGGGUGGAGAUCCUGCAGAGGCAGCGCUGCUAUAAGGAGGCGGUAGAGGAGCUGCGGUCUCUACUAGCUCAGACGGUGUACUGUCCUGACAGCCGGGGACGCUGGUGGGACAGACUGGCUCUGAACCUCCAGCAGCACCUCAAGAGACCCGAGCAGGCGAUUUGUGCCAUCAGAGAUGGGUUGGCUGACCCCCUGGUGAGGACAGGUCAUCAGUUGUCACUUCACCAGAGAGCAGUCCGGAUGAAGGAGUCUCCUAGCAUGAAGAAACACGUUGUGAAGCUCAAAGAGCUGCCUACUAUCAACGUCACCGAUGUCCCACAUGUGACUAUCCGAGGUCAGCUGUUUCCACACGAGGGGGGCACAGGGAAGAACGUUUUCCUCAUGCCUGCAGACCAGGAAGGAGAGCACAGCAAUGCCACCAUCAUGUGCUCCGUGGAAGAGCUGUCGCUGGCACACUACUGCAGGCAAGGGUUUGACCAAGGGAUCCAUGGCGAGGGUUCAACAUUCUCAACCCUGUUUGGUCUUCUAUUAUGGGAUGUCAUUUUCAUGGAGGGUAUUCCAGAUGUUUUCCGAAAUCCCUACCAGACAUGUCCGUUGGACCUUUUCACAGAUUGUUUCUAUGGGAACCGGAGAGAUUCUAUUGAGACACGUGUGCAGCUGCUUCGUGAAGCUUCAGUGGAAGUGCUGCAUAGCAUGAUGGAAGACGUGUGGACAUGUCACAUGGGCAAAGCGUGUUCACUGGUCAACUGGGAGUGCUUCGCUAGCCUGCAACAGGCACAGAGUCUGGUGUCAUGCAUGGGAGGAGCUUUCUUGGCUGGUAUGAUCACACGCAUGGCAAAGGAUUACAGGCAUUGCCGAGCAGGUCUGCCAGACCUAGUGGUGUGGAGCACAUCGGCCAACAGCUACAAAUUGGUGGAGGUGAAGGGCCCGAGCGACCGGCUGUCCCAGAAGCAGCAGAUCUGGCUGGACGAGCUUCAGAAGCUGGGGGCGGACGUGGAGGUUUGCCAUGUGACCGCCAUCGGAGCUAAAGGAUUCGCUGUUGAAGGAAAAUAGUGCCAUGGUAUUUUAUUGUAUUGUCUUUAAACUGGGCAGAAGCUUACUAUUUGUGUGCUAUUAAGGACAAUUGAUGCCAUCAGUAGCAAAAGUCUGUUCAACUAUAAUGUAAUAAUAAUAAAGUUUGAUAUUAGGAAUAAGCUGUGAUUCAAAUUGAAAUUGAAAAAAAUAUUUGAUGUUGAUGAUCAUAUAUAUAUGAGGAUUUGUUAAACAAAAAUGUAUUGUCUUACAUUGUUCUUACUUUCCAUGUAGAAAAAAGAUCAUGCCAUUAAACACUAUUUUCUA